AUGCGGGUCGCCAGCCAAGGGGUUGACCGGCCAUCUGUCGACCCCUCGCAUCCAUCAUCCCCUCCAGCUGGCUUGGUGCUGGCGGGACCCUCACAGGCCCAGCCAUCGGCACCCGCCGCUAGAGGUCUACGCCGCAUGCGAUGGACUAUGGAUGCUAACCAAAACGCAUUGCGGGCGUAUUUUAGGGCGAAAGGGGGAGAAACCGGAGGAAUUGCUUACCGAGCAAGAAUGCACCGCUUCUUUUCUGAGCUAGAGCCGUCGAUCACCGUGACGGAACAGAACCUAGCGGAUCGGGUUCGGUACAUCUUACGCUCUAAUCUGUUUGAAGGUGCCGAACUCGAACGACUAAAACAUGAAGCUAUUUCUGCGUCGGAUUCCCCGACCGCUGCCAGGAGAACAGUUCCGCAAACUACGGUGCAACCUCCAGCUGUGGAACCAGCUGAAUGCCUGGCAGAGGUGGAGGACGACGAGGAGGAAAUGGCUGCCCAGGACAUAGAGCAGAUGAGGAGAAUCUUGGAAGAGGCUAUAGUGGAAACACGUCGAAUGCCUUUCGAAAAUCGACCGCGAUUACCCCGCAUUCCCCUCAGCAAGCGCAAUCGUAAUGUCGUGAGGGCUCUGAACCCAAUGCUGAAUGUGUACCUUGCGGAUAGCCGGGAUCUUUACGAUACGGACUCAAUCUUGUUUGGCGCCGCGAAGGCCGUAUGCCGAUACAUCGGAGUCAAACUACAAAAGACUGGACGCAGUACGAAUCAUCGUAGCGUAGUACCAGCGUGGCGAAAAAGAAUUGAGGACCGUAUCGCAAAGGCGAGAGCUCUCAUCGGCAGACUGAUUAGCUUCAGAUCGGGCAAUAGUAGACCGAGGAUUGUGCGCUCUGUCAGGAUGGCUUUGGGUGGAACGGAAGUAAGUCUGUCUCACCCGGACAUUGAACGCAAACUGACGGAGCGCAUAGACGACCUGAAGCAGAGGAUUGCAGCAUGGGGAAAGCGGAUUCGUCGAUGCAACGAGAGGACUAAACGGUUCAACCAGAAUCGUCUCUUCCAGAGUGACCAAAAGAGGUUCUAUAAGCAAUUGGAGGGACAAGAAUCGACCAGUGGAACGGGCGCAGGCCCAGAUCAGACCGCUACAGUGGCUUUUUGGCGAAACAUCUGGUCUGUGCCCGUUGAACACAGUGAGGGAUCCUGGAUGCAAGUUGUGGAGGGUACAUGCUCUAAGAUCACACCCAUGGACCCUGUAGCCAUUACGGCUGCGGAUGUAGCACAUGCGUUACGGCGGACCCCUAACUGGAAAAGCCCAGGGCUUGACGGAUUGCAUUGCUACUGGCUCAAAGGAUUCGUGAGUUGUCAUGCUGUGCUCGCCCAACAGUUCCAGGAAGCCCUCGAUAGCAAGUCACUGCCGGACCUCUUCACUAUGGGGGUCACUCACUUGGUUCCUAAAGACCAGAUCACGGCUGAUCCGGCCAAAUACCGCCCUAUAACGUGUCUAUCUUCUGUUUAUAAGACACUGACUUCCAUUUUAUGCGCAAAAAUCACUCGGCAUCUAAAUGCGAAUCAGGUGAUUUCGGAUGCCCAAAAUGGAUGUAGGGGCGGUUGCCGAGGGGCCAAGGAACCACUCCUCAUCGAUGCGGUUAUUGGUAAACUGGUGAAGCGCAACCGUCGCAACCUUGACGCUGCUUGGGUUGACUAUAAAAAGGCUUUCGACUCGGUGCCCCACUCAUGGCUAAAGAGGGUCCUCGAGCUGUACAAGGUCGACUGUACGGUAAGAGACUUCCUCGGACAUUGUAUGGGCCAAUGGAGUACGACCCUUUGUCUCCUGGGUGAGCGCAUGACGGCUGCCGAAGACCGGAUAAGAUACGGAGGGGUAUCUUCCAGGGUGAUUGCCUGA